AUGCCUGAUCCCUCGAGAAGUCGACCCAAGAGAGGCGCUGCACAGCGCUGCGAUGAACAGGUUCCAGCAUGCAGCAACUGUCGGCGUAAUAAUCUAGUUUGCCUGGUCGAGGACCCUGCAACAAAGCGACAUCAACCGCGGAAUUACCUGGAGACGCUGGAACAACGUGUCAUCCUGCUAGAGAAUAUGCUACAGGAUGCACGUUCAAGCGCAACAAGUGAUUCCGUUCCUUCGCCAAACGGGCCGCCUGUUGCCAACCCUGGACAUGCUAGCAUUGCCCCUGUCGACGACGAUCGGAAUGACCUUGGUGGCCUGCCCUCGAUAAUUGGCACGCUGAGCUUGAACGCGGCGGGAGCAGAGCCCAGCUAUCUAGGUCCGUCCUCUACGUUUGCCUUUGCGCGUUUUAUCAAACCAUCGCUUCGCCAGGUGGUAUCGUCGUUAUCACCCAAUGUCUCCAGGCCGGCUGCCGAUGCUCAUGGCGCAAUCCCGGAGCCAUGCCCGCUGCCAGACUACCGCGCGGCCGUCAGAUUGAGUAAUGCAUACUUUCAGAACAUCCAUCCUCAGUACCCGUUCAUACAUGAGCCAACUUUCCGCGUGUGGGAGGCUGCACUGGAGGAUCCUUUCGAGGGGAUCAGUACUUUCGCCUACAACCCUGUACCUCUAUACUUUCUGAACAUGGUAUACGCCAUUGGAGCCAUCUUACUGCCCAGCACCGGGUACUCGGCCGAGCAACUAUACGUCUCCGCCAUGCUCUAUAUCGAUGACAUAUUAUGUCAUGAUAAUCUACAAUGUAUCCAAGCAAUACUAUGUUGCGCUGCAUACUCCCUCCGAUCUUCGAAGGGCAUAUCGCAUUGGAAGCUGGGUGGGCAAGCGUUACGCCAAUGCGUCAAUCUCGGCUAUCAUCGUAGCCAGAGGAGGUUGAGGUCGAUUCUGAACCCACUACAACAAGAGAUGCAAAAGAGGGCGUUUUGGAGCGCGUAUGUGAUGGAGUGCUCGGCUGCAGUUAUGCUAGGACGACCAUUGAGUCUUCACUUCCGAGAGAUUGACGCGGAGUUCCCUUUGGACAUCGAGGAAACCUACCUCUCGCAAACAGGCAUCUGUGGCUCCCCGCGGUCUUCACCAGCCGAACCGCCCACGAUGAUGACCCACGCUAUCCACGGCUUCCGAAUUCGCAGCCUUCUCGGUUGCAUCCAAACGGCUCUCUACUCCGAUAGUACUCUCCUAUACCCCGACAUCCGCAAAGUCCGUGUGCAAGAGUUAUCUACCGACCUUGGAAAGUGGAAGGCCGAGUCCCCUCCUCCCAUGAUUCCGCCCGAAGGCGGCGCCCUCUCAUAUUUCGUCACCCCGGACUGGUACGAAACCAACUACAACUACGCCGUGCUGCAGCUCUACCGCAUCCAGAUCACCGACACCAAGGAUCCGGCACCCGACGAAAUCUUCUUAAAAUGCCUCUACGCCGCCAAGGCGCUUUGUCACAGCUACCGUCGCCAAUCCAUCGGAAAACCAAUCACCUAUACAUGGAGUGCCCUGCACGAGCUGUUCCUCGCAGGCCUGACAUACCUCUAUUGUCUGUGGACGUCACCGACCGCCCGGGAAGCCUCUCGCCAUGACCAAGUCAGUAGCACCUGCAUGGACUGUACAAUGGUCCUUGUGAUCCUGGCGGAACGAUGGCCCGAUGCGGCGCCGUAUCGGGAUGUUUUUGACGCCCUGGCCAGCCGCACUAUGACCAUGAUGGCGGACCUGCAGCAGGAUCAUAAUUUAGUAGCCCCGACGGCGCUGGUCCCCGGGAAAGAUACGUAUCCGGAACAGUUGCCGCAGUGGGUGGCUGGGAUCGAGGAUGCGGGUCUUUCUGUUGGGGUGGAUUGGCUGUUGAGUGAGUUGAUUGAUGAUGUUCCUAUUCCGCAGCAGUAUGCCGAUGGCGGAUCAUGGACUGGAUAG